CGAACCCAGGCGGAGACGGACGCGUUGGUCGCUCUCACGUUGGACGGACACGCCGGUGGGACAAGGUAUGGAGUCCUUGUAUGGCCCGUUAACCUUGGGCCUCGUGGCAGGACUGGGCUGUGGACUUGGUCUCGGAUGGCAUUUGCGGGCCCGGCUCAGCCAGACGUCCAGGAGCCUCAUAGAAACCAUGGGGAACGGGACCGGCGAAGCCAGCGUCAUGGGAGACAGAGGGGCGUUCAAGAUGAUCCUGGUCGUCCGAAACGACCUGAAGAUGGGCAAAGGGAAGGUGGCGGCCCAGUGCUCCCACGCCGCCGUGUCAGCCUACAAGCAGGUUCAGCGCAGGAGGCCCGAGAUACUUCAACAGUGGGAGUACUGCGGCCAGCCCAAAGUGGUGCUGAAGGCCCCGGAUGAAGAUAGCCUGAUGGGGCUGCUGAACCACGCGAAGGAGGAGGGUCUCACCGUCAGCCUGAUCCAAGAUGCGGGCCGGACACAGAUCGCACCGGGGUCACGCACUGUGUUGGGUAUUGGACCAGGUCCGACUGAUCUACUUGACAAAGUUACUGGACACUUAAAGCUAUACUAGAUUUGCCCCUUCUGCUUUAUUUUUAUAAGAACCAAGUGAUUUAACUUUACUCAAAGUUCAGAGUUCAUUUUUGUGUUGUCAGAAGCGGUAAAUGAACAGCUUUCUAUAUAUAUCUUCCAUUCGUUAUACGAGGGCACGGGAUUGGUAAACGUUACAGUCAGGUAUUACUGAGCACUGUGAGACCAACAAAACCACAACAUAUACACAUGUUGGUCUUGAAAAUAAUUACCGGUAACACUAAAUAAGAUGAUUUACAUAUUUUGAACAAUAAACAUGUUGUUAGCCACACGACAAAUUGCUGUAUUUUCUUCAAAGACUGGACGUCAAUCAGACCAAUGGGGAAUGAGGCUUUAUGCUCCUUUCACUUGGUUGAAACCAGCUCGACAGUUGGUGGCAGUAACGUGUUGAUGUAACGUGACGACCCGGCAAUAAAAACAA